CUUCAUUUCUCCAUGGCCCGGCCCCCACAUCUUCUCACUCUCGCGGACCUGACCGCUCCGCAAAUCCAACGUCUCAUCAAGCACUCUGCGUCGUUGAAGGCCAACUCCCUUGCAUGGCUUCGCCCGCAGGGCUCCUUGUCCUACAAGCAGGCUAACGACCUGCGCAUGCCAUCUCAAUCGCUAUUCAGCAAAACCGUAGCCAUGUUGUUCUCCAAACGGAGUACCCGUACUCGUGUCGCGGCUGAAACGAGCGCGUUCAUGCUUGGGGGUCGUGCGCUGUUUCUAAGCCGCGACGACAUCCAACUCGGUGUGAACGAGAGUGUGCGUGACUCGGCGCGUGUUAUUGGGGGGAUGUGCCAGGGCAUAUUCGCUCGCGUCGGUGACCAUUCAGAGAUCGAGGAAUUGGCUGCCCACUCUCCCGUUCCUGUCGUGAACGCGCUCUCAUCCCUCUGGCAUCCGACACAAAUUCUCGCCGACCUUCUCACUCUACAUGAACACGCUUACCUGUUCAAGCCGGAUUCGCAGGAGGACGCCACCACACCGCGGGGCAACGGCAAGCACCUUCGUCGUGGCACAGACCUUUCCGAGCUCCCACCACUCACGAUCGCCUACGUGGGCGACUCUGCGAAUGUGUUGCACGACAUGCUCGUGACGUUCCCCCGACUGGGCCACAAAAUGCGCGUUGCGACCCCUGCUGACCCGAAAUAUCGUGCCCCUGCUGCGGUGUGGGACCGGGUGCGUGAGCUCGGGUGCGACGAGCACAUCUGGUGGGGAGAGGACCCCAAGGAAGCCGUCCGUGGUGCCGAUGUGGUCAUCACAGACACAUGGAUUUCAAUGGGACAGGAGGCCGAGGCCGAGCAGAGGUACAAAGACUUUGCUGGAUACCAGGUGACGGAGGAGCUUUGCCGAGAAGGAGGCGCCAAUCCCAACUGGAAAUUCAUGCAUUGCUUACCCCGGAAAAAGAAUGAGGUCGACGAUGAGGUGUUCUAUGGCCCUCGUUCGCUCGUGUUCCCUGAAGCGGAUAACCGCAAGUGGACGAUCAUGGCGGUCUUCGAUCUUGCUAUCGGCAAGUGGGAUCUAGAUGGCGAGGGAACUCACAAAUAUAAAAAGCCGGAACAACCGCAGUGAGGCAGAGCUACGAUAAUACCUACCAGCUCCUCACAUCCAAGCUAUCAGUAGCUUACAUAGUGAAUGCGAGAUUGAUAAACUCAACUAUGACCGCCAUUUGACUUCUA